GCAUCCAGCAGUGUUGUUGAAAAAAGUGCAAUUUUUUUAUUCCGUCAUCAACAAAAAUUUUACUUUUCUGUACUGUUCUGCAAAUCUAUAUCUUAUUAUUUAUUCUAAAACUAUGCAGUAAUAUCCAUAGUCUGCCUAUCAAGUGUUAUUCAUAAGUUUCAACCCAACAUCUAAAGUUAAAUAUGGACGGGAAUUCAUCUGAACAAGAUUCUGCUUCCGGAGGAGGCACCACUGCCAAGAAAAGUGGAAGUCCAUUCGACGGCCUGAACCGGGAGGAUCUGAUAAAGAAAUGUCGUGGAUUAUUGGGGAUCGCUCAAAAGGCCAAACAGGCAAAAGAUGAAUGUCUGGAAGAAAACAGGAGGCUUAAGGAACAACUUUCACAGGCUGAGACUCAGAAGACGGCCGACAAGGAUUGUAUGAAGGCCAUGCAAGAAAUGGUUGCUUCAUUAACGGAACAAAAGUUGAAUGCUGCAAUGAAGGUGGAUGAGCUGGACAAAUUGGUUGCCGGAUUGAGACGGGAAGUCGAUGGGUGUGCUUUAUUGAAGGGUCAGCUCGACAAACUAUCGAUAGAGAAUGAAGGAUUCCAGCGGCAGAUCAAGCGUCUGACGGAGGAAAAUGAGGAACUGCUAGCAGACUUGUCCGGAAUGGAAACAAAGGUAAAGGAGAUGGAGGUUGGAAUGGAAAAAGCUGAAGAGAGUAAACUUCUUCUAGAGCAGGAGUUGCUGAGAGCCAAAAAUGAAACAGCAUUGUCUGGAAAAGAAGAAAAGCUAAUAAGAAAACUAAAGCUUUACAAGAACAAAGUGCAAGAAAUUUCUGCAAAAAUUUUGCUUCUCAAAUCGGACCGGAAAAUUCUAAUUAAAACUGUUAGGGAGUAUUCGGAGCAGGUUCCCAAAUGGCAGAAGGAACUACUGAACGCUUCGGACAUGUUGUUUUCAAGGAUUCAAGUUCUGGAGAAAGAAAACGCAUUUUUGAAAAAAGAGAAUGAAGACAUAUUGAAACAAUUACAGAUUUAUGACCAGAAAUCAGUUCAAAAUGAUGACUUAGAGGAAAAAAUAAAGCAAGUAGUGGCCGAAAAUGAAGUUCUAGAAAGUAAAAUUGUUGAUAAGCAAAAAGUUAUCGACGAAAUAGAAUCUAAUAAUCGCAAUCUUCAUUCUGUGAUAGGCCAAAUAGAAGAAAAGUGUCAAAUGAAAGAAACGGAAAUCCAGAGUAUUCAGUUGGAGAACCAAAAUUUAUCAGAGAAGUUCAAUUUAUUAAGCGCAAAAUCUGUUCAAGAAGCUUCAGUCUUACAAACGCAACAUGAUGAUAUUCAAGAUAGAUUUAUGCGGCAGACGAGAGAAUUGGAAGCGAAAAUUAAUCAAUUGAGUGAAGUGGAGCAGAGGCUAUUAUCGUCCGAGUCUCACGAUGGUCGGUUUGAUAAGGAUGAUCAACUGAAACAAGCACAAAACGAACUGCAAGAGUCUAUUGUGAAUCUGGAAGAACUGCAGGAAAAAUACAACGUGCUUACCGCGGAAAAUCAGCAAUUACUAAAAACAAAUGAUGAACUAUCUAACGAAAGUUUGUCCAUCCAGUUAGAACGUACUAAUUUGAAGGAACGAUUGCAAGAUGCCGAAAUAAACAGUAGAGAGCUUCAAGAAACAAUAGAUCAAUUAAAAGCGGAAUCUUUGAAGCUUGAUUCAGAUCAUCAGAAGACUCUCAAUGAUCUACAAGAACUGUCCGUGCAGCACAAUACAAAAACUAAAGUUGAAACUAAUAAAGUUUGCGAGCUGCAGAGCUUACUUGCAGACAGAGAUCAGCAACUUCAACAGUUUCAACAGAAGCUGGAGGAUACCACCUCCAUUUUAGAGAGCCUUCAAGGUCAGUACGAUAUCGUAUCCGUUCAGAAUCAGCAACUGCGAGAGGCAAGCGACACGCUUGUCAGUGAACAGUCUGCCCAUCAAGCAGAGCUUCAAAUUUUAAACGACGCUUUGAAAACAGAAAAGGAAGUUCUCCAAAAACGUCUAUUUGAGGUGGAGGAAAGUGCUAAGUUAUUAUCACAACAAAUCGAACCACUACAAGACAGUUUAUCGAACGCUCAUGACCAAUUGAGUACUAAAGCCGAACAGUUGUCACAAUUCGAUAAGAAACUGCGAGAAGAAGCUGAACAAAAUGAGAAACGACAAGACGAAUUGUCCGAGCUUCAGAAUGCUAUCAUCGAGAAAGACAACACAGUUCAGCAACUGCAACAAAAACUUCGUGACUCAACCUCUGCUCUAGAAGGUUUCCAAGAGCAAUAUAAUCUUCUUACUAAGCAAAAUCAACAAUUGCAAACUGAUAACGAAAGUUUAUCAGUCAAUAACGCCGACAACAGAUCGGAUCUUCAAACCGUUCAGUCCAAACUUGAGUUGGUAAAGCUGGAAAACAGCGACCUUUUAUCAGAACUCAAAGAAAUCAACGAAAUUUUAAAAGAACGAGGCGGAGUCAUAUCGCUUCAACUGUCCAAAAUUUCCGAACUGGAAUCGGAGAAAUCGGUGCUCCAGCAGAAAGUGAAUGAAUUGGACUCUCCACAUGUUAACCAACUUCGACAGCAAACGCACGACCUGGAACGUCAGCUCGCCGACAAGGAAGCCGAGUUGGCCGCUCUAAAAGAUCGAGACCGCAGCUUCGACGCACAGAGUGACGUUAUGUCAACUUCGACGAUUUCGCGUGCUGACGAGUCAGCCCGGCUACGAGAGAUCGACGACAGCUUCGAGGAGAAGUACAAUAAACUGCGGUCGCUGGCGGUUAAGCUGAAGAAGAAGGUUGCCGAACAAACGCUUCAAUUGCAAAAGUUUGAGAAAGAUCGCGAAACACAGCCGAGUGGAAAAAAUUUGCAAUCACUGCAGGCGGAGUACGAUAAAGUUUUGGAUCAGUUGGAAGUGGAGCGACAAAACGUCCUGCAUCUGGAAACUGAACUAAAGGAUGUUAAGGAUCGUUUGGAAAAGCAAAACCAGGAGAUUGAGACGCUGAAUCAGGUGCGUACCGAGCUGGAUAGUAGUAGCAAAAAAGACAAGUCAUCACUCGAGAGCACAAUUCGCGAGUACCGAGAACAGCUGCAGAAUUUGAAACGCGAGAAAGAAGCUUUUAAUUUGGCAAAGAAGGAAAUCGAUUCUGAAAAUCAGAAACUAAAAGCGACAUUGAAAGCUAAAGAAAAACAACUUAAUGAAGAGAUAGAAAGUCAGAAAGCGUUGAAGGCAGAGGUUGAAAAGUGUCGACUAGCAGCCAAGAAAGCUAACGUACUUAAUUUGGAGAUGGAAGCAUAUGAAAAAUCGUUAGCUGAGCUUAACAAGAAGUUGGAAAUGAAGAAAGUUCACGAGAAAGAGUUAGAAGGAAAUAUCGAAGCACUGGAAGGAACAACCAAAAGCUUGAAAAGUCAGCUCACGCUUUUGGAGCAGAGUUUGAAUGCGGAGAGAAACCACUCACAAGAGUUGAAAAAGAAUGUUGAUUUGCAACAAGAAAAGCUGCGUGUAAGCGAACACCAACGUGGAGAAACCAAUGUCGAAUUGGCGCAACUGAAAGUAGAUUACGAGCGAAUCAAGCUUGAGAUUGAGUCCAAUCGAUUGGAAUUGAACGAUGCAGUCACGGAGAAGGAUAAAGCAAAUAGUUUGAUGGAGUCAGAGAAAAGUAAGCUGAUGAAGCAAGUUUACAGUAUGGAGCGCGAUGCUGAAGAAUUAAAAUCAAGACUGGAGGAAAAGGCACAGGAAGUAGAGGAUGUUCGAACGGAGUUUGCAAGUUACAAGAUUCGAGCUCAAUCCGUUCUUAGACAAAAUCAAAACAAAGACGGUGGUAGGGAACGGGAACUUGAAGAAGAAGUGCAAAACCUUACCAAAACGCUUGAGUUGUCUCAAUCAAAGCUUCAAAGUGUUACGCAGCAAAUUUCAGAGCUGGGAAGGUCUUGCGAGGAAUUGCGCGAAGACAAAACUAGACUUCAAAACCGUUGCAAAGAACUGCACGAUCUGGUUGAGGAAUCACGAUUGCAAAAUGAAUCCCUCAUGGAGGAAUGCCGCCACACUAAUCUUAACCAUCAGGAGGCUCUGAAAACCCAACGCCUUCAGAAUGAAACGCUCAUAAACUGUUACAAGAAGCAAAUCGAAGAUCUUCAAGAACAACAUUCCAAAGAAAUCGAAGGCCUUCAACGUCGGGUAACACAAGCCACUCUACAACACUCUUCGGAAGGAUCGAAUGAUUUUCGCAACAACAACCCCUACAUUCCAUCUACCAGCAGCGGGAUGAGCUUCUUCCGCGGGCAACACAUAUCCGACGAGCAAAAAAUCAAUCUACUUCUCAUGGAACGGGAGGAAGGCGAAGGCUCCGAAAGCACUUCUUCCCAACAGAAUCCAUCUUCCAUUCCCAAGCGAAAAACUUCCAUCUCUAGUCAGCAGAACCAACGCGCUCGCUCCAAUCGGGAUCUGAUCCCGCUGGACGAACUACUUAAUUCCUCCUUCGACGAUGCUUCCGUGUUCGAAGCGGACUCGGCGGACCUUUCGGGACGUCCUUCGGUAUCGCCAACGAUAGAACUUCAGCACACCAAAGAAAGUCUGACUAAACAGGAAAGCCGGGUUCGACACCUGACGGCACUGUUGGCCGAAGCGGAACAGGACCUGGCCAAACUGACGCAGCUCAACGAGCUGUUGAAGGAGGAAUUGCGACGCAAUGAGAGGUCCAUCGAGCGGGAGAAACACGUGCAUAAUUCCGAAUAUCUCAAGAAUGUGAUAUUUAAGUUUUUAACCCUCAACAGUGGGGAUGAGAAGUCACACCUUGUUCCGGUGUUGAACACAAUCCUCAGGCUCAGCCCGGAGGAGACACAAAAGUUGAACAAUGUGGCGCGAGGGACGGACGGUAGUGGGCGCGGCUGGACCGGUCUUCUAUGGAAUUAACGACAACGUAAGUUGUUGCAUACAGGUUCUUGCAUCUUGGGAAGAUACAUUUACGGAACUAUAAUCAAGGUUACACCUACUAGUAGGGUUUCAUUUGUCCCACGAGUAUUUUUGGUGGCGUGUAAUGUUGAAAAAGUUUCCUUCAGUCCAAUAAUGCUGUAAUGAAGACUAUUAGUAUACUAUAAUGAUAAAUAAUA